UUUGUUGCUGUUUUGUGGUGUCGCGAACGUCGGACAAUGGCUGCGGUGCGACGACUGCCAAGCGCGGUGUUGAGGGUGCAGGAGCAUGUGCUGCUGGCAAGGGGAGGGCUUGCUGGGGUGAAGGUGCAGGUUGGCCACAGAGGACCUGGGCAUGCGGGCCCGAGGGCCUUUGUGCGUGAGCACUUUCCUUCCUUGAAGUUUCACAAUGAAGGCAUCCGUGCAACGCGCGACGUGCUCCCCGAACCAAACGCAACAUCAAAGCUCCUCAUCGAAACAGAUACAGGAAAGACAGAAGAGCUGGCGAUACAAGGCAAGACAUCGGAUGAGAUCCUGGACAUGCUCAUGUCCAAAGGGCUGAUUGAGAAGGGCGCGCCCGUCGACAUCAAGGCCACUUCCGCCUAAACAGCACGCAACAAGACCUGCCCAGCAACAAUCGCAAGUCCCCUGCAUUGCAUGGCUGGCACAGUUGUUGGGGUUAGCGCUGCUGUUGUCACUUGUCUUGUUGCUGGUUUGAUGUCUGAUGGCCGUGUUUGCAACAAUUCCCCCCCCCCCACAACAUGGGUCUUUGCUGUCGCUCGAGUAGCUUUUUGGACUGUCUUCACACAAUCCAUUGUGCCGUGCUGUUGCGUGUCUGUGGUGUGUUGCGUGUGGUGGCUGUGGGUUGUGAUUGCGCUGUGACGUAUGGUCUGUAAGCGCUUCUUGCCCGCUUGCUCUGUCAGUGUCGUCGUGCUUCUUUUCUCUGUAUGAGUGGUGGUGUACACACGCGAAUACAUGUGAAUAUCACACUCACACGCGCACACACGCACACGCACACGUCAGCAUGGUCACUACUGCGAUGCAUCUUCGUUGCGCUUGCACACAUAGACCGCA